AUGUCGUCUGGAGGCGGAGAAUCCGAGCUUCAGAAGCUGCGCACGAACGCCGACUCCUUAUCAGAAUGCCUGGAAUCACUGAGGCAGAGAAUCGAACAGCUCGAGGCCAAGCCCGAAAAUCGACCGGAAGUAAGCCAGCUUAAAUUCGCUUCAAGUUGAAUAUUGUUUUAGGUUGGGGAGGCCUUGUUUUGAAUGGUUUAAUUAAAGAAAGUUUAAAAUCUGUUGAAAAGUAGAUCUUUUGGUAUGAAAUUGAAACUAGUCCUACAAUUUGCGACAAAUUACUGUAGAAAAAAGCCUGUCAGUAAAGUAUAAUAAGAUCAAGAGUCCUAAAGCAGUAAUAAAAUGAAAUCCAGCCAAUUUCCUGCCCUGAACCGCCCAAAUAGCCGGCUAUAACCCCCUCAGCUCAAAUAAUCUAAUAUAAUAAAAGGGAAGUUGGAAGGGUUAGCCUAGGUCAGCCGGGCACGAUACACCACGUUCCAAAUGGCAUGUUUAGAAAUCCUCGACGUUUAUCGUUUCCGGCUUCCCUUGAGGGCACGGGAUUCAAAAUAACCGGCUGCCUUCUUCGGACCUUUCCCUUGCCUUCUUUUUUAUUAUUUAUAGCCGAUACGUUCGGAAACCGUGUAUAUAUGAUAUUGUUGUAGAUGUUAAUUGCUUUUUGUAAUAAGCAAAGCUAUUUAUUGUUAAAAAAUUAUAUUAUAGUAGCUAAUACAUACUUUUUAGUAAAAAUAGUGUAAUAUUAUAGUAGCCAUUACAUUAUAAAUUUUUGCAGAACAUCCGUUCGGAAGCAGUCCACACUGAUCCUGUAACCGGCAUCACAAAGCGCACGGUAAUCACCGAGCGGAUUACCAAGAUCGAGAACAGCCACCGUACCGUGCGAUUGCCGCCUGUGAUCAACGAGCUGGCGUCCAGCAAAGAAGCCGUUUUGGAUGGCAAAGACCGGCUUCUCGGCCCGGCCUACCAAGCCCGCAUCAUAGCCAUCGACAGCGAGGAGCUGGCCCAGGUUGAGGUAGAGCCAAUUUGUGGAGAAUUCGUCGUGACAAAGGUUAAGAAGCCAGAAUUAUGCGAGUUGAUUCACCCGGGAGACACGAUCGUGGAAGUUAAUGGUCAAUUACUGGAGAGAAAGGCCACACUCUAUGGCCAAAAUGGCUCGGUCAAGCUAAAACUGGUGCUCUCCACCAUCUAUGCUGCUCCGAUGGUGGGAUACUUACCUUUAUACUUAAUAUUUAGACAUGUCGAGCCUUAAAAGUUCAAAAUACCGUAGCUCUAAAUAUUCGUACUCAUACUCUUGUUGUUCGUGCUGUAACAAUAUCUUCUUACUCUUAUAUAACAACAUUUAACUUUAGAAAUUUGCCAAAGUGACUGAAGCCACGAAACAACCUCAACAGAAUGGCCAAGUACCAACCCACCCAUACCAACUCCAACUUAACAAAGGAGACAUCGUCCAAGUACUCAGUAACGACUCACAGUGGAUUCAGGCUAGAAAAGUAAAUGAUCUAUCGACAGCCGGCUUUAUCAAGCAUGGACUGAAGAUGGAGAACGUGGCUAUGUUAUGCCCGUACGGCCGACGAACAUUGGUCUUGCUUGGAGCACCUGGAGUUGGACGAAGAACCUUGAAGGCUAUGCUGCUGGCUCAGCUGCCGCACCGUUUUGCCACUGUCGUGCCUUGUAAGUGGUUAUCAAUAAGUUAUAUAUAAGGUUAUACGGCGUUAAAACUACUAUAAUAUAAAUGAUAUUGCUGUUGAAGCCACUAACACAUGGCAGUUUAAUGUUUGAAGAAAUAAAUUUAAGACCUUCUAGUUUAAAACAACUUGAGUUAAACUCAAACUGAUUAUUCAUUAAUUGACCACUGAAGAGACCCACUUAAGCGCUUACUAUAAUUACAGACACUUCAAGAGCGCCGAGACCUGCGGAACAAGAAGGUCGAGAGUACCAUUUUGUGACCAAAGAGAGAAUGAGAGAAAUGAUAAGAGAGAAGAGCGUGGUCGAAUGGGGAGAGUACGACGAACACAUCUACGGAACUUCAGAAGAAUCCGUCAGAGAAAUCGUCAGGUGAGAUUGGGUGAUACUUUACCUUAAAAUGAGCUUUUUGAAGACAAAUUCAAUUAACAAUUGUAAGAUUUUACCAAUACAUCGUGAAGAACGACAGAAGCUAGUACAAAAGUUUUAAAGUAUAGCUAAUUUUACCUUAAAAAGUCAUUUAAAAGUGCCAUUUCACAAUAAAAUGAAUCAUUUUUUAGAUCAGGAAGAGUGUGUGUCCUAGACUGCGACCCUCAAGCCCUGAGAUCUAUCUACAACGGCGAAUUCAUGCCCUACGUAGUUGUGAUCGCCCCUCCAGAAUACGACGAAUUCUUGGAAAUGUGCAAACUUCGAAAGGAAAAGUGCACAAAAACAGAACAACAGAUACGAAACACCUGUGAUCAUCACCAGAACCUCAUGAACUCUGAGCACUCCAAGUACUUUGACCUUGUUUUAGUCAACCGCAACCACGACAUCACCUUCCGCCGUCUCCUGGACGCUUUGGAGAGCUUGAAGAACGAGCCUCAAUGGGUACCUCUCGACUGGCUCAAGUAA